AGGAACCCGCGCGCCGUGAGGAAACAAGUGGAUGGGUUGGGGACUGUGAGGGUAAGGAAAGAGACGAUAGAGGGUUUUUUCCAACAUAAAUGGAGGUUCAUCCGUAACGGGAGAGAAGAGCAGCUACAAAAAAAAAUACAAGUAAAAUGGCGAAAGACCACGAGGUCGAACGCAUUGCUAAAAAGCUGGACAAAAUGGUGCACAAGAAAAACACGGACGGUGCCAUAUAUCUGCUGAGGGAGUUGAAGAUCAUUAACAUGUCUCUGGAGACUCUACAGUCCACCAGGAUCGGUAUGUCAGUGAACGCUGUGAGGAAGCAGAGUUCAGAGGAAGAGGUCCAGACCCUGGCCAAGUCACUCAUCAAGUCCUGGAAGAAACUACUGGACGGUUCUGAGGGGAAGGCUGUGGAGGAGAAGAGGAGGGAAGGCUCUCCUCUGAGGUCAUCUUCGUCCAAGGACAGUCCUGGAUCCAGCGACCGCAGUAAGAAACAAGAACUGCCGGAGCCCCCGAAGACCCCCACCACACCUACAACCCCCACCACCCUGAAGUUCACCUCCUUCCCUCCCACUCCCGUCACCACUGACAGCGUCACCAAGUGCCGAAGCUAUGACUACAAGCCCAUUGGAGCAGACACUGACAAUUUGGCUGCUCAGAUUGAGGACUGUAUCUACCAGGAGUUUAAGUCCACAGACCAGAAGUACAAGUCCAGACUGAGGAGCCGUAUCUCCAACCUGAAGGACCAGAAGAACCCGGACCUCCGACGCAACGUCCUCGCUGGAAACAUCUCUGCUGACCGUAUCGCUAACAUGGCUGCUGAGGAGAUGGCGAGCGCGGAGCUGAAAGAGAUGAGGAAGACGUUGACCAAGGACGCCAUCAGAGAGCACCAGCUGUCUAAAGUGGGCGGGACCGAGACUGACAUGUUUCAAUGUGGAAAAUGCAGGGGCAAGAACUGCACCUACACACAGGUGCAGACGCGCAGUGCUGACGAACCCAUGACUACAUUCGUACUGUGCAACGGCUGUGGCAAUCGCUGGAAGUUCUGUUAAGGAGAAGAUGAUGAUUUGCUACAAGAUGAGCUGACACGGAUAACGAAGAACCGGGACCUAUUUUGUUACAACUGCAAAUCGUUUUUUUCUUUUCCUACUUUUGUUGUUUUCAUUUUGUACCUCAUAAAUCUGGAAUAUAUUUUGAGAAAAUGUCUAUCAUAUGGAGCUAGUCUAGUAUUUUAAUUUCUAUGAUAUAUAGCUAGUCUAGUAUUUUAAUUUCUAUGAUAUGGAGCUAGUCUAGUAUUUUAAUUUCUAUGAUAUGGAGCUCGUCUAGUAUUUUAAUUUCUAUGAUAUGGAGCUAGUCUAGUAUUUUAAUUUCUAUGAUAUGGAGCUAGUCUAGUAUUUUAAUUUCUAUGAUAUGGAGCUAGUCUAGUAUUUUAAUUUCUAUGAUAUGGAGCUCGUCUGGGUAUCUUCUGUUUCUGCUCUCUUACCAACCUCUUAUUGAAUGUCAUGUUUGGCUUGACAACGAGUUGACAAGAGCACCAACCGAUCUCGGAAUCCGAUCUCAGAAACCGAUCU